GUGUUUUUUAAAUGUCAAAAUAUGAUUCAAAAUAUUAAAUGAAAAUAAUGAAAAAUGUCUGAUUCUGAAGAAGAAGAAAAUUUUUGUCUUUAUGGAACUCCUUUAGACCCAAUAGACGAAGAUGAGAUACCAUCAAAGAAACCAAUAAAUAUUGAAGAUCAAAUAGCCACAGAUGCCUAUGGUCGAAGAAGAUUUCAUGGUGCAUUCACUGGAGGCUUUUCAGCUGGGUUUUAUAAUACUGUAGGCUCGUUAGAAGGUUGGGCUCCGAAAGAUUUUAAAAGUUCUAGAUCACAAAAAGCAACUAAAUAUGCUCAAAAACCUGAAGAUUUUAUGGAUGAUGAAGAUGUUGCUGAACAUGGAUUUGCACCUCAAGGUUUACGAGCCACCGAUGAUUACAACUCCAUCAAAAGUAAAGCCAAAAAGCGGUCGUUACCGUCCUCUAAUCAGCCCAUUCCAGGCCAACCGGUUUUACAAUUACUUUUAGAACCUGCUAAGGAAACUAUUGGAGUUAAAUUGUUGAAACAAAUGGGAUGGAAACCAGGUCAAGGUGUAGGCCCACGAUUAACAAGGGUUGAAAAGAAAAAAUCCCGGAAAAGACGUGUUAUCGGAUGUGAAAUGCCUCCAGAAUUUGUAAGGAAAAACUAUAAUAGCGAAUCUGAUAGUGAGGAAGAGGUCUCUGAUGAUGAUUUUGAAAAUAUUACAUUUGCUCCUGAUGAUUAUGAUCCCUAUAUUUGCAAACCAAAAGAAGAUUCUUGUGGUAUGGGUUAUAAAGGAUUGAAUAAAAACAUUAACGUUUUAGGUGGUUUUUCUAACGAACCUGGCCAUUUUACGAUGAUUGAACGAAAUAAUAAGAAAUUGUCAAUACAAGGUCAAGCUUUCGGUGUAGGAGCUUUCGAGGAAGAUGAUGAAGAUAUAUAUGGUAAAGAUGACAUGUCAAAAUAUGAUUUUGAAUUGGGUAGUAAUUCAGCUAAAUCACAACAUAAGGCCAUAAAAGAUUCAUCAAAUAUUUUAGAAUAUUUUGUAGCUGGAACACAAACUAUAAGUUUACGGAAAAACUUUCCACCACCAGUAUUACCAAAAAAUUUUAUACCUAAACACGGUGCACGUAUUUCAAGAUUUGAACCGGUAUCAGAAGAAAAACUACGAGAAAUUAAAAAAUUAGACCCAAAACCAGUUGAAAAACAGAAACUGGACGCUGAAAAACGGAGUCAAAUUCUUGGAGAAUCAAAGUCGAAAGCUCAACAACCGCAGAAAGAUAAUUCUAAAGGUCCUGUUAUUUUAGGUGGCGGUGCAACUAUGUUGCAGUCGCCCAAAAUUCUUGAAGAAACUGAAAAAAUUCCUAAACCUCCAAUAAUUGGUGAUCGGAUACAACCAGCGGAAUUUAAACCAUUCCUAGCGAAUCCUGACAAACAAGAACGUUAUGAAAAAUAUUUGCAAUUCAUAAAAAAUAAUACAAAAGAAAAAUUAACUGAAAUUCAGCCAAUUUCAAUGACUGAUUGGGAACGGCAACGUGAAGAACUUGAAUUUGAACAAGCUUCGAAAAUGUUUAAACCAAAACCAAUGAAUUUUCUAAUUUUUGAUAAAUUUGUUACAGCACAGCAACAAGAAGAUCUUAAUAAUCCGUUAGCUCCAGUUGAAAAUGUAUAUCAACAUGGAACUCCAGACAUGCGAGAGGCUGCAAAACGUAAAAUGUUUGGAAAAUUAACACGCGAAGAAAUCCCUUGGAAUCCGGGCGCAUUGUUAUGUAAACGUUUUAAUAUUUCUGAACCAAAUGUUGACAACCUUCCACCAAUGAAUCAACGAAAAAAGAAAAGGAAUUUUUCAGUUUUUGAUUAUUUAAAUGCGUCUGAAGCAAAUCAAUAUAGCAAAGGGGAAAUUUCUAAUAUGCAAAAGAUGGAAGAAGAAAGUUCAAAAUUAAAAGAUAAAAUACUUGAAUUUCAUAAAGAAAAUAACACUACUGAAAACAGCAAUACAGAAAAUGAUAAUUCGGAAAAGAGUACUUCAAAAGAAAUUGACGAUCGAAUAUCUCCAAUUCUUUCGACAUCUAGAAUAAGUUCACCAAAAUUAGUUGAAGAAUCUAAUACAAUUGAAGAUAUUUCAAAGGAAUCCAAAGUUGAAAAAGUGGUUGAAGUUAUUCCUCCAAAACCAACAGAAAAAAUUGUGGAAGACGUAGUUUUACAUACCGAAACAAAAAUUGAUCUUUACAAAGCAAUAUUUUUGGGCAGUGAUUCAGAAAACGAACCAGACGAAGAACCAGAACCAGUUAAAGAAACAUCAAAUAAAUCAAAACUAGACGAUCUGUUUAAGAAUGAUUUAUUAUCUGAAGUACAAUCUAUCCAGAGGAAUCGUGAAAAACCACAAGAAAUUAAUCCUGAACCCAAACCUCCAGACGUAGUUGUAAAAACAAAUAUACCGUUGGCUCACAUGAAACCGACAGGAAUUUUUGCCAAUAUUGAUUUGGAUGCAAUAAAUAAAAGGCCCGAAUAUAAGAAACCGGAAAUAAAAAUUAUUGAUGUAGAUGAAGACACGUAUGGUCCAAAAUUACCAUCGGUACCUACUUUUAGAAGUUCAACAACUUCCAUUAAACAAAAAAGCUUAAAGGAAGGGAAAUCAAAACACAAGAGUGAUGAUGAAGUUAUGUGGAUUGAAAGAUCAUCUUCCAAGUCAGAAAAAAAUAAACACGAUAAAAAAUCAAAGAAAAGCCAUAAACAUAAACAUAAAAAGUCCAGUAAACAUAAACGAAAAAAACAUUCCGAUUCGGAAUAAAAU